AAUUUUUCACUCGAAUUCGGAUUCGUGUUUGUGUUUGUUUUUUGUUUUUUUUUUUCCUUUCUCACACACGAACAGGACGAACACCGCCGCCGUGUUCUUCGCACCGCCGCGCCGCCGCCGCCCACCCGCCGAUCGAAUCCUCCCGCCGCCUGCGAUUCUCCCCCCCGAAUCCCUACUCCUCCGAGCUUCUAUACUAUCUCGCCUGCCCGAUUUGCCCCCUCGCGCCCCUGUACCAGUCGUCCCCCGGCUAGGGUUUUCGCCGCGGAUUUCUAGGGUUUUGAGCAUGGCCUCGUCGGUUUGGGGCUGUGACGGAUGAGGAGUGUAAUCUUAUCUGCCUAGGAAGUACGAGGAGAUGAUUACGGAGAAGCCAAGCUGGAUUCGCCACGAGGGCCUGCAGAUCUUCUCCAUCGACAUCCAGGCCGGCGGCCUCCGCUUCGCCACCGGAGGUGGCGACCAGAAGGUUCGAAUAUGGAGCAUGAAAUCUGUGGAAAAGAACAAUGCCAACAAUGAUUCCAGCCAAAGUUUGCUAGCUACAAUGCGUGACCAUUUUGGAUCAGUGAACUGCGUGAGAUGGGCCAGGCAUGGACGCUAUCUGGCUUCAGGUUCAGAUGAUCAGGUUAUCCUAAUUCAUGAGAGAAAAGCUGGUUCUGGAACAGCUGAGUUUGGUAGUGGAGAACCUGCAGAUGUAGAAAAUUGGAAGGUCGUUAUGACCUUAAGAGGGCAUACUGCGGACGUGGUAGAUCUUAGUUGGUCCCCUGAUGAUUCAACAUUGGCUAGCGGCAGCUUGGACAAUACUGUUCACAUAUGGAACAUGACCAACGGCAUGUGCACUGCCGUCUUGCGAGGGCAUUCCAGCUUGGUCAAAGGGGUUACUUGGGAUCCUAUUGGUUCUUUCCUUGCAAGCCAAUCAGAUGAUAAAACUGUUGUAAUAUGGCGUACAAGUGACUGGAGUCUUGCUCACAAAACAGAAGGCCAUUGGGCAAAAUCUCUUGGUUCAACAUUUUUUAGGCGACUUUCAUGGUCACCUUGUGGCCACUUCAUUACUACGACUCAUGGCUUCCAAAAACCUAGGCAUUCAGCCCCUGUGCUUGAGAGAAGCGACUGGUCUGCAACUUUUGACUUUCUAGGGCAUAAUGCACCUGUUGUUGUGGUUAAGUUUAAUAACUCACUGUUCCGUAAGAAUAUCUCAAACGGCCAAGACACAAAGGCUGUGCCAGCUGGAUGGGCCAAUGGAGCAUCAAAGACAUCAGCAAAAGAACAGCAACCAUACAACAUUAUUGCUAUUGGAAGUCAAGACAGAACUAUUACUGUUUGGACGACAGCAAGUGCCCGGCCAUUGUUUGUUGCUAAGCAUUUUUUCUCUCAAAGUGUGGUUGAUUUAUCUUGGAGCCCUGAUGGUUAUUCACUUUUUGCAUGCUCCUUGGAUGGAUCGGUUGCCAACUUUCACUUUGAAGCAAAGGAGCUUGGAUACAGGUUAAGUGAUUCUGAACUGGAUGAAUUGAAGAGGAGUAGAUAUGGUGAUGUCAGAGGACGGCAAUCAAAUCUGGCUGAAAGCCCAGCACAAUUACUGCUUGAAGAAGCAUCAGCAAAGCAAUCGGUUAGCAAGAAAGGGACUUCUGUUGUCCAGCAAUUUCAAGCACCCCCAAAAGUUUCUGCGGAUGUGCCUAACCCAGCUCCAGUUGCGCAAAGCCCGAAAGCUCCUGAAGCUUUACCAGAAGAUGGGAAGAAAACAUCAGGACCUGCUGCUGGUGAUAUAAAUAAAGUUACUCGGUUAUCUAGUCCAGUGAAGCAGAGAGAAUACCGGCGCCCUGAUGGCCGGAAAAGAAUAAUCCCAGAGGCUGUUGGGUUUCCUUCCAAUCAGGAUAACAUACCCAGCAGUUCUCAGAAUCAGGUUGUGGAUUUUUCGUCCUUAGAUCAGCGAAUGAAUGGAAUAAGACCAUCUUAUGGCGGUAGCGGUAACUGUAAUAACUGUGGAGUUAAGGACCGCUCUGGUGUCACAGCCAGGGCGAACAUUACCGAGAGUCUUGUUAUUCAAAAAGCUUCAACCGGUGCAGGAAAUGAUGGAAGGCUCAGAGUAGAACACACUGGAUCUGUUGUUCCAGGCUCCUUGACCUGCUCUGUGCUUUCUAUCCAUGUAUCAAAUAAGAAAGACAAUGAGGAUUUGUUGCCAGUCUGCCUUGAAGCAAAGCCUGUAGAACGCGCUGCAGCUGAUAUGAUUGGUGUUGGUGGUGCUUUUUCAACAAAAGAAACUGAGAUAAGGUGUACAAGAGGGACAGAAACUCUUUGGUCGGAUCGUAUCUCUGGAAAGGUUACUGUCUUGGCAGGCAAUGCAAAUUUCUGGGCCGUUGGCUGUGAAGAUGGUUGCCUGCAGGUUUACACGAAAUGUGGAAGACGAGCGAUGCCUGCGAUGAUGAUGGGAUCCGCAGCCGUUUUUAUAGAUUGUGACGACUGCUGGAAAUUGCUUCUUGUCACGAGAAGAGGUCUAAUGUACAUAUGGGACCUCUAUAACAAGAACUGCAUUUUGCAGGACUCUUUGGCUUCAUUGGUUGCAUCUCCAGAUGAGCCAUCAGGAAAUCAUUCUGGUGCAGUAAAGGUUAUAUCUGCUAAAUUCUCUAGAUGUGGUUCACCCUUAGUUGUCCUUGCCAGCCGCCAUGCUUUUCUUUAUGAUAUGAGCAUGAAGUGCUGGCUAAGGAUUGCCGAUGAUUGUUUUCCAGCAUCAAAUUUUGCUACCUCAUUUAGUUCUUCUCAAGGUGGAGAGCUAGGCAAGUUGCAGAUUGAUAUAGGCAAGUUCAUGGCUAGAAAGCCUAUUUGGAGCAGGGUUACAGAUGAUGGUUUGCAGACACGCGCCCAUUUGGAGACCCAGCUGGCAGCUUCUUUAGCUUUGAAGUCACCACAGGAGUACCGCCAAUGCCUCCUGUCCUACAUUCGGUUUCUGGCAAGAGAAGCAGAUGAAUCUCGUCUACGUGAGGUUUGUGAGAGCUUCCUAGGCCCUCCAAUGGGCAUGCUCGGUUCUGCAUCAUCUACGGAUCCCAAAAAUCCAGUGUGGGAUCCUGAUGUUCUUGGAAUGAAGAAGCACAAACUUCUCAGGGAAGACAUACUUCCUUCGAUGGCAUCAAACCGGAAAGUCCAGCGGUUGCUCAACGAGUUCAUGGACCUCCUGUCAGAGUAUGAAGCUGCCGAGGCCAGAGCUGACCCGAUGGAUGUAGCUGCUGCUGCCGAGGCCAAAGCUGACCCGAUGGAUGUAGCUGCCGAAGCUGACCCGAUGGAUGUCGCACCAACACCGCAACCAGCAAUAACAGAAGCCAAUGACAAAAUGAUCACCUAGUAGGUGCCCCUGGCAUCGGUUGCUGGAGACUUACUGACCGCCCCCCCCCCCCCCCCCCCCCCCCGGGUAAGUAUUAUAGGAUAGUCUUGUUUUGAGAAGUGCUUAUCAGAACCAAUCAAUUAGUUGUGCAUGUAGCUGGUACAUUGUUUAGCAAGGGAGGCGACCUCGGGCGAACACUGAUUUUUGAACCCGUUAGCUGUAAAACGGUGAGUGUAACAGUAGAAAGGAGGCGAGGUCGCCUGGUGAUUAUCGUGUAACAGUAAAGUUCUGUAGAAGGCAGGGUAAACUCAUGUCCUUUUCUGGUUGAUCU